CCAUUCGCGUUCGUCGUCCGUGCCGGUUGGUUCAGCAGCUUUGGUUCCACGCGAACAACCUGGAAGAUCUUUCCUACCAGUGUGGUGUCAGGUGUGAAGAUAGUUUCGAAGAAGUGCAUUGAGUGUCACCGAAGAGCAUCUCAUCGCAAAUUGUGAUGAGAUAAAGAAGAGUGCUUUUUGUUGUGAAGAGUUGUGUGUGUUUUAAGGGGCAGUUCGCGCGCGGCUGAUACGCGGAAGAAGCGCUGGAAGAGUUAGUUCCGGAGUGGGCAGCAGCUGUGUGUGUAAGGAAACUGUUGGCAACAUGCUGUAACGCGUUUUUGAAGAGUUGUCGAGUGGUGAAGUGAGACACGUUGUGCGAAUUAAUUCAAAAGUUUGGCGCGCGAGGCGCAGAGGUUAUGGGAACCUAUUAAAAAGUCGUUAAAAACAAAACCACGAGUUGACAGAUUCCGCUGCAGAUUGUGUAGUCCGUUGCGCGGUGUUACCCCUCCCGAGAAAGGUCAUCCAGAUCAGACAUAGCUGCGGUCGACGACGGUCUUCAACGGCGGACCAGACUGGAUAUAAAUACACCGAGGUUCGAGAUAGCCAAGAUGGCGUUGGACGCAAAAGCAAUCAAGGAGGAAAUACCUGAUAAAGACACAUAUGAGACUAGUGCGCGCAAGGUGAAAGGUAAGGAGCAGUGCCGAACGCCAGAUUCGCCGGAAGGUGCCCGCGUGGUGGCGCCACGAUCACCGAUUUCACCCCACAUCCCACCACCACAUCACAGCGGCCUGGUUCCGCAGCAGCCACCACCGCCACGGUGUCCCACCGGUGGCCAACCCACGACCACGGGAACACCGGGAAUCACCGGCAAUGGGCGCCACGGGAGUUCGUCUCCCCCGGGGCACGAGGCGCGACUCCUGAACGGAAGUGGCGGCAGCACCGGAGGAGGUGGGGGCGGCGGAGGAAGUGGGGGAAGUCUCGGUUCGAUUACGCCCCCGCCGGUCAUCACGUCGGCGGCGGCCGCCGCUGCAGCCGUUGCCCAGCAGGACACGGCCAAGCUGCUCAAGAUACGGCGUUUUCUGGGGGCGCUGGUGCAGUUCGGCCAGGACACCAACGUCGAUAUCGGGGAUCGGGUGCGGUCGCUGGUGCUGUCGUUGGCGAGCGGCGGUCUCACCGUGGAGGAGUUCCAGGUCGCCGUCCAGGAGGCCACCAACUUCCCGCUGCGCUCCAACGUGGUCCCCUUUCUCAAGUCGCACGUUCCGGUGCUGCAGCGUGAAAUCAACCUCCUGUCCCGGGCCAGCAAGCAGUCCCCUUCACAGUACGCCCGCUCAAACGAAACCAGCGUCAUGGAGUACGUCCAGAACCUGGCCGACACCGCCGACAUCUUCCUGUCCUCGCACGAGGGCUUCAGCUCAUCUACACCAAUCCCGGCACCGGCCGUCAACGGACUCAGCCUCAAGCGGAGGGCCUCCGACAAUUUGUACGACACACAUCCGGCGGGACCGCCCGAGUGGGGUGACUACGUUCUUCCGCCGAGCAAACGUCCCCACCCGUCGCUGCUGUUGGCCGCCGCCUCGUCAACCCCGCAGCUCUACCCGGGCCAUCCGGCCCUGUUUGAGUACCAGAACGGUGGACUCCACCCACAUUCCGACGGACUGUUAUCCCUCUUCCCCCUGCAGCAUUCCAUUCACCGGGACGAGCGUGACCUGCGGGCACCCUCGAGCGAAUCCGGCCACCGACCUCCCAGAAUCCCGCCGGGCGGGGGAAGUGGCGGUAGUGUCGUGCCGGGGAUGGGCGCAACUUCCGGGGCUGGCGGAGCAGGUUCCACAACGGGAGGCACAGGCGGCGCGAGUGGUGGCGGAGGUGGUGGUGAGGAAGAGUGGAAGAACAUUCACACCAUGCUGACGUGCAUUUCGGCGAUGGUCGAAAAGACCAAGCGAGCGAUCUCGAUCCUGCAGCAGCGGGGCAUCGAUACGCACGCGGCCGCCAGCCGGGAGCUGCACCAGCAGCAGCAGGACAGCUCGAUCGCGGACAUUAAGCGCCAGACGGAGGAGAAGAUUGCCGAGUUUCGGCGGAACGCCGAGGAGUCGGUGAAUCAGGUCAAACGGCAAGCGGUGAUCGAGAUCCAGCGGGCGGUGGCCGCCGCCGAGGCGCGAACCAUCGAAAUGUUCUCCCAGGAGCGGCUCAAGAUGGAGAAGAUGUUUGCGGAGAUUCACCGGGGUGCGGCCGAUCCGGACGGCGUGCUGGAUGGGCCGACGGGUGGAAGUACCGGGGGAGGUGGUGGAGGGGGAGUCACUGGCAGUCAGAAUGCUUGCUGGAACUGUGGCCGUAAGGCGAACGAAACCUGCUCCGGAUGCAACCUGGCGCGGUACUGUGGGUCCUUUUGUCAGCACAAGGACUGGGAUCAGCACCAUCAGGUCUGCGGCACUUCCCGCGCGGAGAACGCCUUCCAGAAGCACGCGGCCAGCGCCCGGGCCGCCCUCGUCUCGUCCCGUUCCACCACCCCGCAGCUGUCGCAGUCGCAGGUCGGCAACGGCAACGGCACCGGGCCCGGCGGCGCUACCGGUACAAACGGAACUUCGGUCGGCGGCCCAAAAUGACGGACUAAACCGAUGAAACCUAAGAAGAAGUAUCUAUGCUAGUCAAAUUAAUCAUACCACACAGAAUACGCGAAGGAACCGCCGCGACGAAGUACGGGAAGUGAGGUUAUAAAAACAUCCUACUAAUUUUAGUUUAACUACAUUCGUAAGGACUUUUUAGGGGCCUGCUGGAAGGCGGCGCUUAGUUGAUCGUUUCUCCUAGCAGCUAAAGUCACCGGAUUAGUACCGGGGUUGGCUUCGGGUCCUGAUUUGAAUCUGUUGGUGUAGAAAUAGGAGCAAGUGCAAUAACGGUUUUUCUUUUCAAAAGCUAAUCUCAACCAACAAUUGAUCAAAGACUAGUUGAGCGAGUCAGCUGGCAGAAAGAGAGCUAAUUCAAGCUGAAAAAUACGUAGAUGUGAAGUUUAAGCAAACAUACGACACUAAUUCUAAUAGCAUUGUUAGUCACUUCAAGUUUUUCCCCCCUCCGGAGCACAAAAUCCUCAAUCCAUCGUUGUUCUUCUCCUUACUUUAAUGCCAGUCACAACACAUGCAGAAAUAACCAAUAGCCAAGAAUUACUCAGCCAGUCAGUAGCGGAUUUAGUUUAACAAGACACGUACAGCAUCAACCAAGAAUAGAACUAGAAACUAAACUCUUACGAGAGAGGCUCAAAACUCCAAAGAGUCUGUCAAUGAUGAUUACCAACCUAACCGAAUUUUGUACACACACACACACACACACACAAACACACCCACACAUGACCUACGUUUUAGCCCUAGUUGAUAUACGGCAAGUUGUUGAUUAAUU